AUGAAUGUCAUUACGUGGUUAUACAUUUUCCUCAUCAUGAUCCUCCUUCAAGCACCGCAGCCUCACGCGUUCGACUGCACGGUAGUGGAAGCUCUAGAAAAUUCGUGCACUGCUCGAACACUACUUUCGGAAAUCAUGGAAACGGUUGAGAUACGAUCGUUCGCCUCGCUCGUCGAUAAGAAUGAUCUGUAUAAGAAUAUGCUCGGGUCGCUGUCGUACAAGGCGACCGUUUUUGCGCCAAAAGAUCUGGCGUGGUACAGCCGACCCUCCAUGCCAGCCGGCGAGUUGUCGGCAGAAGAGGCAGAAAAAGUGAUUCAGUCGCACGUCGUGAGCUCAAGUGUCGUUAGUUCACUCGAGAUUGGAAUGCGUCUCAUUACUGAUCUGGGCGUCAAGGAAGCCUUGCUGCCAGGGUCAACGGUGGCGCACUCGCUCGUCGUAGGCUCAUCGAGUGAACGCCCUUUGCUGUUGCUUGGCGGAAGUCACGUAAGACAUGCUCGUUGUCAAGUUUUUGGUUCAGCCUUGCUCAGGGAGUGUCUACCAUCAGCGUGUGAUGAGUGCGCAUUCGCGAUCCAGUCGUCCAAUGUUCUGAACUAUGUCGGCGCCGGCGACGGAGAUGCGGUAUUUGUUGACAAUGACGGUCAAAUGGACGUGGAAGACGAAAUAAUCUCGCGCAGUCCAUCACGCAGCGUUGUUCUACAUGAGAUUCGAGCAUCAAACGGAGUUAUCUUUGUGUUGGACAACACUGUGUUUCCAGCUCGCGUCGUCGACCAAAAGCACGUUGAAGAGUCCCCAAACACGCGGAUCGAGGUUGCGACAACGACGCCGAAUCCGCCCUCGGUGCCAUUGCCUUCUCCGAGUCCAAAACCAAAACCACCACCCCCACAGAUAGGCUCACCGGACCCUCUGCUCUGGCGAGUACGCCCUCCGCCUCCGAGCGUCGCGCCUUAUGCGUCGCCAUCGCACCUGGCUGGUCAGCCAAAAGGUAGUUGCGUGACAGCGUCUCCGAACAUUUGCGGGCUCUGUGACUACUCGUACAAUGAGCUGGCUCCGUGUUGCUGUGACUCGGAGUGCGCGUCGAACGAUCCCCCGGAUUGCUGUGACGACUAUCAAACCGUCUGUCUCACUGACUAA